AUGACAUUACCCGUCGCGCUUCCAGCUACCAUUACACGACGUGAGAUUCGUGGUCUUCUACGGGAAGAGUUACUCGCGUUGGAUAAUAUUCAACGCAAUCGCAGCAUAUUUCACUCCGCUGAACAGCUGGCCGGUACGUCGUAG